AUGGAGCCCGUCGUGAAGGUGUACGGGCCGGCCAUGUCUUGGAACAUAGCCAGGGUCCUUGUGAGCCUGGAGGAGUCCGGCGUCAACUACGAGCUCGUCGCCGUCGACUUCGCCGCGGCCGAGCACAAGAGCCCCGCCCACCUCGGCAGGAACGCGUUCGGUCAGGUCCCAGUUUUGGAGGACGGUGACUUUUGCCUCUGGGAGUCGCGCGCAAUCACGAAAUAUAUAUGCCGAAAGUACAAACCUGAGCUCCUUGGGGUUGGCAAUCUCGAGGGAUCAGCAAUGGUCGAUGUGUGGCUGGAGGUGGAGGCCCACCAAUACCGUCCUCUCAUAGAGGCUAUUCUUAUGGAGGUCAGGAUCCGGCCAAUUUUCGGGCAAAGGGUUGAUGAGAGGGCCGUCGAGGAGAACAUUGAUAAGCUGAAGAAGGUGUUGGAUGUGUAUGAGUCCAGAUUGUCGAGCUCCAAGUACCUAGCUGGAGAUUUCAUCAGCCUCGCCGACCUCAACCAUGUCUCCACCAUGCUUUGCCUAGGGAUCACUAUAUACAUAUCGGUGCUCGACAUGUACCCGCAUGUAAGGGCCUGGUGGGAUGACCUGAAGGGCAGGCCAGCGGCGAGGAAGGUGUCGGAUCUAAUGCACAUGUCCGUGAAGAAUGAUCUAAAAUGAUUAUGUUGGCAACACCUAGAUCUUCCAUUAAUGUGUUUGUACUCUUUCGGUAUUUGGUCAAAGUGUUUGUGUUGAACUAGUAAAUAUUCAUGUUAUUCGAGAAAAUAUGACACACAGUGGGAAAUCAAGUCGAAAUACGAAGAAA